UGUGUGGCACUGCUGCUGUCUCCUCUCCCUCACUCCAGUCAACCUCAUGAGGCCAACUGGCUGUGACUUCCUGAUUGUCCUCCAGGGGCCGAUGGGAUUGGGGCUCACCCGGUAAGCUGGCCGUUCCCUGGAGGCUGGGCCGGGCCGUCGUCCGGGCCUCCGUCACCCCUGCGGGGCUCCCCACCCUCUCAGGAGCAGGCAUCCCGCCCAGGGCACGGCCCUGACCCUCGCGGGGACAGGGGGACAGAGUGGGCCGGCGACGCCCCGACCCUCAGCCAGCGGCCUAGUCGAAAGCCCGCCGCCAUGUCCCGGGUACUGAUCGUGGGCGCCGGACUAACCGGAAGUCUGUGUGCCAUGCUGCUGAAGAAGGAGAUAACCGCCCCCCUGUACCUUGCCCUGUGGGACAAGGCUGGGGACAUAGGGGGAAGAAUGAUUACUGCCAGCAGUCCUCAUAAUCCCAAAUGCACAGUUGACUUGGGAGCACAGUACAUCACCCGCAGUCCUCAUUAUGCCAAAGAGCACAAAAAUUUUUAUAAGGAGCUGUUAUCUCAUGGAAUUUUGAAGCCUCUGUCAUCUCCCAUUGAAGGGAUGAAAGGGAAGGAAGGAGAUUGCAACUUUGUGGCACCUCAAGGAUUUUCUUCCAUUAUCAAGUACUACUUGGAAAAAUCAGGCGCUGAAGUCUUCCUCAAGCGUUGUGUGACUCAUAUCAAUCUGAAAGAUAACAAGUGGCAAGUCUCCACAGAUGCAGGCUCUGCUGAGCAGUUUGACCUUGUCGUCCUCACCAUGCCAGCUCCUCAGAUUCUGGGACUUCAAGGUGACAUUGAGAACUUAAUUAGUGACCACCAGAGGCAGCAACUGUCAUCUGUGAACUACUCCUCUCGCUAUGCUCUGGGCCUCUUUUAUGAAGCAGGCAUGAAGAUUGAUGUCCCUUGGUCGUGCCGGUACAUCAGCACUAACCACUGCAUAUGCUUCAUCUCCAUUGACAACAGGAAGCGCAAUAUAGAGUCAUCGGAAUGUGGUCCAUCCCUGCUGGUACAAAGCACUGUCCCAUUUGGAAUUGCACACUUGGAGGACAGCGAGGAGGAUGUGCAGAAGUUAAUCACCCAGCAACUGGAGCUCUUUCUGCCGGGUUUGCCUCAGCCAGUUGCUGCCAAAUGCCAGAAGUGGAUUUAUUCACAGGUUACAGACUCAGUGGAGAACAGACCUGGCCAGAUGACUCUUCAUCUCAAGCCUUUCCUGGUGUGUGGGGGGGAUGGAUUUACUCACUCCAACUUUGAUGGCUGUGUUGCCUCUGCCCUAAGUGUCAUGAAAGUUUUAAAGCGUUAUAUUUAGUGUCUCUGUUUUUGUUUCCUACCUUUACUUUAGGAUUUUCAUUUUCGCAAUCCUCUGUUAUUAAUUGUUCUAUUUUCCAUUCUGUGAAGAGAAAUUACUUUGGAAAAUGUCUUCACUUACAGUAAUUUUUAAUGUGAAAUAUAAAAACAAUGUUACCAUCCAUAGUAAAACAAUUUCUUAGACUGUAUUUCUCCCUCACUUUUCUGACUUUUCAUUACUAAUCCUUAUUGGAUUAAAUGGUGCUUAUAAGUCACAAAUCCUAGCCCCAGAAUUAUACUAAACCAGUUCUCAUCCAUGGGGAAGCUUUGUUAUCCUUUUGAAAACUUCAGUUCUGA